AUGGACUGGUAUGUCCAGCCACAUGACGCCGGCGCGCGUCUUGAUGCCUCUCGCUCCAUGCCGCCACGUCAGCACGUAGUCACAACGACGUCUGACGCCGCUGCCGUGCCAUUAAACCGCUCUCCACGUUCGUCCACCCUUCCAAACCACCUUCCAAACCACCCGGCGUACCAUUAUCCGAACCACCCGCCGAACCAGCGGCACCGCCUACUACCCGAGCCUGGUACCGACGCUCGGCCCUUCAGCGACCAGCACAUUCCCCUUUCAGGCGACGGCCCUCCUAAGCGCGACCGCGCCAACCGCGCCCUCCGCAAGGGCAUCUCCGCCUCGUCCGCGGAACUAGACCCGCCGAGUUUCGUUCGCCAUCGAAAUGAUGACUCAAGGCAGUGUGACAAUAUCGGUGGUGAGCACAACGAGCUCACAGAAUAUCUCUUUGGAGAACGGGGGCUUGGAGCCGGCGCGUGGGGUUCUGGCGGCGAUGAGUAUGAGCGCGGAACUGGCGGCGGGAUUGGCGGUGUUGCGGGUGGCGGUGCUGGUGGCAGCGGUAGAUUCGACGACGCGAUAAGAGACGAUCGAGGACGAGGGACCUCUAAUGCCCGGCAUGCUAUGGCCAGAUCCCCGUCUGCCCGCCGUGCCAUCGACAAUAACCGGCCAGCCGUCAACCGCCGGCAGGGAUGGCGGAGGGGCAGCGACGGGCUGUCAGGUUGGGCGGAGAAUCCCGAGGGUGUGCCCGAACCUAUGCCCAUGGUUCGGCGCCAUACCACGGGUAUGGGCGGGAUGGCAGUUUCGCACGGGGAGAGGGGGAAGAGCGGGGAGGGUAUUGGUGACCACGGGCAGUGGCGGAGCGGGAAUCAGGGGGAGAGGGGGGAGCGGGCGCACGGAGUGCUGCUGCAACGGCGAUCGAAAACGGGCCCUGAUUAUUCCAGAAGCCAUACGCUGGUCACCGCGGGGAAUACGGCGGGGAACGCGGCAGCAGUGGCUUCCUGGGGGGGCGCCGCGGGACACGGCGAGAGUUUCGGCGGCUUCGGCGGGGGUUUCAGAAGCGCGGGCGGCGCGACGAAGUCGUCCUCGGGCGGAUCGGUGCAAAGCGGUGCCAAUGAGGGGCAGUCGGCGGUGGGGGGGGAGCAGCAGAGAGCCGCGGGAGGUAGCGGGGGACUGGCGGGCGUGGGAGGCGGGAACAGCGGGGGGAGAGAAGGCGCGGGCGGAGUCGCGGGGAUUGGCGGACCACGCGGGGUGCGCGCGGGGAGCAUCGGCAUCAUGUCUCCGCGCCUGCUGAGAUUCCUAGUGGACGAAGGGAGCCCCGGAGGCCCGAACCCUAGCGGGGGGUUCGACGACGGCAGGAGGCGCGGGGGAGACGCGCGGAAGGCAAAAGGGCGGGGGAAGGACGCGGGGACGGGGAAAGGGGAGGCCGGCGGAGCAGCGGGGAGGGGAGGCAGGGAACGGGAGAGGGAGGGAGGAGGACAUGUUGGGAGAAGGAAUGAGAGCCCCAGGUAUCAGGGCGUAGGAGGUGGGGUGACCGCCAGGGCUGCUGCGGCGGCGGCGGCGAUGGGGGGAAGCAGCGGCGAGGGGGGACGGAGAUCCCCCAGAGCCGACGCGGGCCUGUACUUCCCCAAGUCGCGCAGCGUCGCUGUGCCAAAAUCCCCCCUUUCCGCUGCGCCGCGCGUGGUUCCUCCCCCACUCACGCCCCAGCCCGCGCUUCCCCCGGUUUCUCCUGCCGGCCACCGCUUCCCCAAGUCCGCCUCCUCCUCCGCGCGCGCCCUAGCGCGUCCCGCCAAUUCUUCCCCCACCGCUGCUGCCCCAGCCUUAUCGCCUCACUCUAGCGCCAGUACUGAUCUCUAUUCCGAAUCUGGCGCUUAUGUAAGCAAUGCAGUGUACUCGCAGGCGUUUCAGGGUCCAGAGAGACGAAGUGCUAGCCCUGUUUAUGACCCGCGUACAGCCUCCGCUCCUCGUACAGGAUCAUCUCCCCGUACGGGAUCAUCUCCCCGUACGGAAUCAUCUCCCCGUACGGUUUCAUCUCUCCAUGGGGGUGUAUUAUCCCCCCGUACUGAAACGUCUCCGCGCACGGGAUCGGCCCGUCGUACUGGUUCAUCUCCCCGUGAUAACCCAUCUCCCCGUGAUAACCCAUCUCCCCGUGAUAACCCAUCUCCCUCACCCUCACCCUCACCCUCCUCCUACCCACCAGCCAGCUCCUAUCCUCCCAGUAGCUCGUUCUCCCUGCGCCCCUCCUCUGGGGAUUCUGGCGGUUCGGCCGCAGGGGGGGCGGAAGGUACGGGAGGGGCGGAAAGGACGGGGGGAGCAGAAGGCGGGGGAGUUUUGGCUGCUGGUAGUGCUGGCGCGGGUGCUGGUGGUGCUGGCGCGGGUGCUGGUGGUGCUGGCGCGGGUGCUGGUGGUGCUGGUUCGUUCCCGGCUUAUCCCACGUCCGCAUCGUUCUCUUUUGAUUCCAACCAGGCUCCGCUACAGUCACCCACCUCCAUGCAUUAUGCCCUUGUUGGUGGCCACGGGGGUGAUGGUAGUAUCUUUGGGGAUGGGGGCGUUGCAACGGAUGGCAACAGCGGAAAGUUUCGCCGCCCCGCUGCCCUGGACCUCGGGCAGCUCUCUCCAACCAAUCAGCUGGAGCCAGAGGACUUGGUAGAAGAAGACGGGCAGGAAGAUAUGGUGAGAAUGGGAGAUGAGGAAGAGGAGGAGGAGGAGGAGGAGGAGGAGGAGGAGGAGGAGGAGGAGGAGGAGGAGGAGGAGGAGGAGGAGGAGGAGGAGGAGGAGGAGGAGGAGGAGGAGGAGGAGGAGGAGGAGGAAGGGGAGGUGCUUGCACGUGAGAAGGAGGCAACGACGGGGCAGGAGGAAUGGGUGGAGGCGGAGGAGGAGGAGGAGGAGGAGGAGGAGGAGGAGGAGGAGGAGGAGGAGGAGGAGGAGGAGGAGGAGGAGGAGGAGGAGGAGGAGGAGGAGGAGGAGGAGGAGGAGGAGGAGGAGGAGGAGGAGGAGAAAGGGGAGACGCAAUGCGCAAGAGCAGAGAGGGACCCCCGCGGCGACGGGCAGCAGCAGCAGCAGCAGCAGCAGCCGGGCACGGGCAGCACGGAAGGAAUUUUCGAGCGCGGGUUCACAGACAUACGGAAGAAAUUCGAGGUCGGGCAGCAGAUCGGGCAGGGACGGCGGGGGGUGGUGGUGUAUAUGUGUGUGGAGAGGCGGACGGGGCGGGCGUAUGCGUGCAAGGCGAUAGACAAGGCGACCCUGGUGGAGCCGAGGAAGGUGGCGGCUGUCCGGGCUGAGGUAGACGUUAUGAGGAAGCUUCUGGGAUGGCCGCACGUGGUGGGGAUCAAAGACGCACUAGAGGAUGAAAAGUGUGUCUUUAUUGUCAUGGAGCUGUGUUCGGGCGGCGACCUCCUGGACCACAUCAACUCGUCGCCAUUCAUCUCGGAGCGAGAGGCCGCCAUCAUCCUGCGUGUGCUCGCAGAGACGCUGCGGUCGUGCCACAACCACGGCAUCAUGCACCGCGACUUAAAGCCCGAGAACAUCCUGCUGGCACAACCUGGGUGCUGGUGGGACCUGCGCCUGGCUGACUUUGGAUUCUCCGUGCACCUUAAAGCCGGAGAGCGCAUGACAGGCUAUGCUGGUUCCCCUUUCUACAUGGCGCCGGAGGUCCUAGACAGUGUAUACGGGCACGAGGCAGACGUGUGGAGCCUGGGGGUGAUCCUCUACACCAUGCUCUCCCAGAAGCUGCCUUUUUGGGACGACACGGAUGCGGGUGUGUACCGGCAGAUCAAGCGCGCUCAUGUGGACAUGGAGAGCGGCGUCUGGCCGGCGAUCUCGGACGAGGGGAAAGACCUCGUGUUGGGGAUGCUGUCCGCGGACCCGCACGAGCGGAUCACCCUCGAUAGAUUGCUCGCUCAUCCGUGGAUGGCAGCCAACGGCUGUGAUAUGCCGCCAUCGCCCGCACACAGCACGGCGUCUUCGACCGACACAUCAAGCCUCUCUGGCAGGCGGAAGAAAGACAUUGCUCGAUCUACCGGCACCAUAUUCUCCUCGCUCGGAAUGCCCUUUUGCCGUGUCUAUCAAGGUAAUGACGACGACGAGGAUGACCAGAGUGUUUCAGGUUUAGCGUAG